AUGUUGAAAUUAAUUCAAGUCUUAAAUCAACAUAAUCAAGCUGUAAGUACUUUAAAUUUCAUGAAAAAAUCAAAUUAGAUUAUAUCUGGAGAUGAGAGUGGAUCUAUUUUAAUAUGGUCAAGCAAUAAUAAUACUUAAUGGAAUUGCUCAUAAACUAUUAAAGGACAUAUUAAUUGGGUUAAUUGUUUAAUUCUGAAUUAUAAUGAAGAUAUUUUCAUAUCCAGUAGUUCUGAUAAUACGAUUAAGUUUUGGAUUAAACAAAAUGAAUGGAUCUGUUAAUAAACAAUCACAGAUCAUACUAGUUAUGUUUAUUAAAUAAGUUUAAAUGAAUAAUAAAAUAAACUUAUUUCUUGUGGAGCUGAUAAAAAAAUAUUGGUGAUUGAGUAUUCAGAAUAAAGUCAAAAGUGGAUUGUGAUAUAAAAGAUAAAUGUUGAAUGCUAUGGUAUUCGUAUAUGCUUUAUCAACAAUAAUUUAUUCACAUUUCAACCAAUAUAAGGCAAUUUAAUGCAUGUCUAUGAAAUGAAUAGUGUUAGUAAAUAGUUCCUUAAAACCAAAGAUAUUGAUGUUAAUUAAGGUUAAGAGGGUUAUACUUUGUUUCCAUAAUAAUUUAUUAAAUAAAAAUAAUUACUAGUUAAUAAACAUGAUAAAUAUGUCAAUUUCAUAAGAAUUACACAAAAAGAUCAAUUUAAACUUGAGUAAUCUAUUCAAUUUGGUCAUAAUCAAUUAUAUGGUUAAUUGAGUGAUGAUGGACAGUAUUUCUUUACUUGGGAUCGCUCAAAUUAAGAGAUAUAAAUUAGAACAUAUAUUGAACAAUGA